ACGAAGUCCGACGGCUUUCCGUCGGGUAGACGGGCGGAGAUGCCAGAGACAUUCCCCGCACGCCCUCCGAUACCGAAGGUAAAUCACGACAUCGCCGCCCCUCCCAGUAGAUAAACACUUGUCCAUUCUCAACGAGCUAUACGAGGUUAUCUUUCGCGACCGGACAUCUCAUGAACUAUUUGCGCACCUGCACGAAUUCAAUCAGACACCUCGCGCAGCUUGGAACGCCCAGAACUCUCCCCGCGCUUCACCCCUCAUCAGUCCUAAGCAACUCUACGUUUGGGCCCAAAGCUCAACAGGUCUUUCUCAGACGCGCAAUGGCCACCGCACAGGCAAAGCGCCUCGAAGGCAAGACGAUUGUCAUUACCGGUGCCUCCUCCGGCAUUGGCAAGAGCACGGCCAAGGAGUUCGCCCGUACCGCACCUAAAAACUUGAAGCUCAUCGUUACCGCCAGACGGUUGGACAGCCUCAAGCAGCUUGCCCAGGAGAUUAAGGAUGAGGUGGGAGAUGGCGUCAAGGUCCUGCCAGUCAAGCUGGACGUCAGCAACCCCGAGGAGGUGAAGAAUUUCGUGCCAUCUCUGCCGGAUGAGUUCAAGGACAUCAACGUGCUUGUGAACAAUGCUGGUCUUGUUAAGGGUGUUGCAAGAGCUCCAGAAAUUGCCGCGGAGGACAUGAACGUUAUGUUCGCGACCAACGUUACCGGUUUGAUCAACAUGACCCAGGCAAUCCUGCCCAUUUUCAAGAAAAGAGACGAGGGCGGCAGAGGAGACAUUAUCAACAUUGGCAGCAUUGCAGGCCGUGAACCAUACCCUGGUGGUAGCAUCUACUGUGCCACCAAGGCCGCUAUCCGCAGCUUUACGGACGCUCUGAGGAAGGAGCUCAUCGCGACCAGAAUCCGAGUGAUCGAGAUCGACCCCGGUCAGGUUGAGACGGAAUUCUCCGUCGUGCGAUUCUAUGGCGACAAGAAGAAGGCAGAUGCUGUUUAUGAGGGCUGUGAGCCGUUAACGCCAGAUGAUAUCGCUGAGGUCAUCGUCUUCGCUGCUGGCCGGAGGGAGAACGUCGUUAUUGCCGACACGCUGAUCUUUCCUAGUCACCAGGCUUCUCCCUCCGCUGUUCACAAAAAGACAUAAGAAAGGAGCCAAGAUACCACAACAUAGAUUUAGCAUCCAGUACUUAACUUAACUAUAUUGUUGUGACUUAAAGCUGGAUAAAGAGUGUCGGAUAGCUAUACAAAGUGCAUGCCAGGAGUAUAAAUCACGUGAAAUUAAAUAUAUAUUGUUUCCUAGCAC